AACAGCAACCAUAACAUGGAGAACAUCGAAGAGGCCCCACCACUCUCCUCGGAGAGCAACAGCAAUAGCAACAACAGCAGCGCCAGCAGCAGCUCCCACCAGCUCUCUCAAUCGGCGGCCAUGGGCGCCCCCGAACCCGAGGUCCCCUCUUCGUCUCAGUCACUCUCUCGUUCGCACUCUCAUUCGCCCACGCCCGGCCCCUCGAGCCCCCAUCCGAAUCCCCUACUGAAUGCAUCUGAACCGGAGGCUCGCGCGAAUUCACCGCAUGAUCACUCACCCACUCCUACUUUCCACCAGACUGCACCGCCACCCACGACUCCAUCGACGGCACCGCAGCGGGAAGAGCAGCCGGAGCAGCAGCAGCAGCAGCCACAUCAACUGCCGCAGGAUCAGCCACUUCAACUGCAGCAGGAUCAGCCACAAAUUGCGGCUUUGCAGGACCAAGAGCCACAGCCUGUGGAGGAUCAGCAAUAUCAUCAGCAGCUUCAAGAGCAACCUCAGCCGUUGCAGGACCAACAGCAGCAUCAAGAGUUGCCAGAACAGCUGCCACAGCCAGAGCUGCACGAACAGCAGCCACAGCCAGAGUUGCAGGAUCAACAGCUGCCACAACAAGCAUUGCAGGAUCAACACCAAGAUCUAACCCAGGAUCAGCCAAAUCAGGAGCUGCAAUCGCCCGAACAACAAUCUCCUUUAGAGUUGCAGAAUCAGGAAGGACCACCGGCAACUCCAACCGACCAAGAUCGUAAUCCCGAGCAGGGACCGAAUGUGCCACUCGUUGGAGAGGCUGAACCAGAAGCCGAGCCACCGCCACCGCUGCUCCUCGAGGAACCGGACGAGCAGGACUCCGAAUCGCAGGAACUGAACGAUCAGCAGCAACAGCAGCAGGCAGUGAUCAUAGACGCCAACGCCAUAGCCGAAACCAUAGACGCCAACGCCGUGGAGCGCAUUGACGACUACGAAGAGGACGACGAGGAGGUGGAUGAGGAGGAGGAAGUGGUAGAAGACCGGGUCGAUAGAGCCGGCGAAGUCGCUUCCGUUUCCGGUGUCCAGCGCCUCCACUCGGUGGCCGUUUUGGCUCGCUACUCCUCAGCUUCACGAGCACCACGAAGCAGCAGCGGCAGCAGCCACCACAACAAUAACAACAAUAGCAACCAUAACAAUAACAACAAUAACAGCAGCGGUCAAUCGCGACGCACUCGCCAUUUUUACAGCAACAACGGCAGUCACUUCAGCAACGACAUGUUCCCCAGCCACGCCCCCCGCAGCAGCACCCAAACCUCGCCACGGGUCGGAGGUCGUCGCCAGCACUCCACUCCGGCUGCCGCCUCCAACUCGCCGCAGCACCAGGGCGUGGAUCCCCUGCGGCUGCUCUAUCCCAAUGUCAACGAGGCAGAGACACCGCUGCCGAGGUGCUGGAGUCCCCACGACAAGUGCUUGUCCAUCGGACUGUCGCAGAACAACCUGAGGGUCACCUACAAGGGCGUGGGUAAACAACACAGUGAUGCCGCCUCCGUGCGCACCGCCUAUCCGAUCCCGUCGUCCUGCGGACUCUACUACUUCGAGGUGAGGAUCAUCUCGAAGGGACGCAAUGGAUACAUGGGCAUUGGUUUGACCGCCCAGCAGUUCCGGAUGAACCGCCUGCCAGGUUGGGACAAGCAAUCGUACGGGUACCACGGCGAUGACGGCAACUCGUUCAGCUCCUCGGGAAAUGGCCAGACCUACGGGCCCACUUUCACCACCGGCGAUGUGAUCGGAUGCUGCGUUAACUUUGUGAACAACACGUGUUUCUACACCAAGAACGGUGUGGAUCUGGGCAUCGCAUUUAGGGAUUUGCCGACCAAGCUGUAUCCAACAGUGGGUCUACAGACUCCCGGCGAGGAGGUGGAUGCCAACUUUGGCCAGGAACCUUUCAAGUUCGACAAGAUCGUGGACAUGAUGAAGGAGAUGCGGUCGAAUGUGCUGCGCAAGAUCGACAGAUAUCCACAUCUCCUGGAGACACCAGAGAAUCUAAUGAAUCGUCUGGUUUCCACCUAUCUGGUGCAUAAUGCGUUUAGCAAGACCGCCGAGGCCUUCAAUGGCUAUACAAAUCUGACAUCCGAGGAGGACUUUGCAUCCAUAAAAAUUCGUCAAAAAAUCAUAAAACUCAUACUGACAGGCAAAAUGAGCCAAGCCAUCGAGCACACACUGCGCUCCUUUCCCGGACUUCUUGAAAACAAUAAGAACCUCUGGUUCGCCUUGAAGUGCCGCCAGUUUAUCGAGAUGAUCAAUGGAGCAGACAUAGAGAAUGUAAACAACAAAGUCACCGCCACCACCCAGACCAUGCCCACAAAUCAGACGUCCGUGAUACAGUCCACCAAGGCGUUCAAGCACAGCAAGAGCGGCAAUGGAAAUGGCAACGUCAACAUCAAUCAGACUCAACAACAACAACAGAACAACACUGCGACUCCAGCUGUGAUAAAGCCACAAGGCGGCGAUAAGCCAGAAAUAAAAAAUAUGAUGGUUGAUGACAACUCCAACAAGUGCGUGGAGCACGACAGCAACAGCAUGGACGUGGAAAUGGAGCCCUGCCAGAGUCACUCCAACGGCGCCGACUCCUGUUCCAAUGGCAAUGCCAGCGCAGCGCGCAACUCUCUAGAUGCCAUCGACGAGGAAAUGGAUGUAGAUGUUUCACCCUCAUCGCGCAGUUGUGGACGCGUUAUCGAGAAGAUCCUCGAGUUCGGCAAAGAACUAUCCAGCAUGGGCCAGCAGCUGGAGAAGGAGAACCUCAUGACUGAAGAGGAGCGUCAAAUGUUGGAGGAUGCAUUUAGCUUGAUUGCCUACUCAAAUCCCUGGUCCAGUCCGCUGGGCUGGCUGCUGUGUCCCUCGCGACGCGAAAACGUUUCCAGCACGCUCAACUCGGCCAUAUUGGAGUCACUGAACUGCGAGCGUCGUCCGCCGCUGGAGUAUCUGGUGGCCCAUGCCUCCGAGCUGAUCAAGGUCAUCGGACAGCACUCGCUGGGCGAGGACGCUUUCAUUACCAUCGACGACGUGUUCCCGCAAAAUUGACCCAGUUCGCCGACGCUGCUGAAGAUGUUCGAGACCACGCUGACCCUGCCGCGCACCAGUGUGCUCACGGAACCGUUGGGCAGCGCCGGAACCGGAACUGGGCCCUCCACAUCG